UCCCUAUCGCAUAAUCUCCCGUCUCUCCGGCGUGUAGUCCAACUCGGCGUCAGCCUGUCAUUAACCCGGCUUGGUGGACUUAGCGCGUCAUUCCCGUUAAGCUACAGUACUACAAAAAGUUUACAGUAGAAAAAAAGGAGCUCGUCCGCCACAACCGGGCCUCGGCAGCGACUCAGGAACGAGAUUGCAACUUUUCCGACCUUGGCCAAGUCCCCCACCAUCCUUUUGAAUCUCCGUCUCCCUCGUCACCAACAAUUUCCCUCUCGACCAUCGACGCGGGCACUGGUAUUGUUGUACAAUUUCAUGCCAAAUCUCCAGUGUGCAACGUCUCUCGUCUACUGCUACCUGAAAGCUGUCCCCCUCUGGAUCGCCGCCGUCGUCAUCAUCUUGUUCGCGGCCCUUCGAGGUUCCCGUCGCGACACAGCCCAUCCCGACACCACCAAGAGCGAAGACAAGAAUACGAACGAGUAGAUUCGUCCGGCGCAUCUAGUCCGGCAUUACUACACACAAAAUGGCUUCCGCCGCGAGCAAAAUGGACACGCUCACCGUGACAGCUCGCCUCUUCCUGCCGGUCCUCGUUGGCUCGGCAGGCUACGCUGCCUGGCGCGUCGACUGGCAGACUGCGGUGCGCAACUUUGUGAGCGGUCCUGGGCGCAAUUCGCGUAUUGCGCUGCUCGUCUUUGUGUUCUUCAACUGGAAGAACAUGCCCUUUGCAUGGACUUUCCGCGUCUUCUACGCCAUCAUCUACCACAACGUCCUCCGAAGGGCGCCUGAACUCGGCCCUCGCUCUCUCUUCAAGCCCAUGAUCACCCCUACUCAUGCGCCGCUCCUUGAGACCGACUACAACCUGCACAAGUCCAACUCGACAUACUUUACUGAUCUCGACAUCUCCCGCACACACCUCGUCAGCUACAUCUGCCGCGCGGGCCUCAAGAAGCUCUCCGAGAACGCCAAGAGCAAGAUGGUCAUGGACCCGACCACUGGCAAGGUCGCCCAGGGCGGCCUUGGUAUCAUGCUGGGCUCUGUGGCCUGCAGCUUCAAGAAGGAGAUCCCCUCCUACAAGGGCUACGAGCUCUGGAGCAAAGUCGUCAGCUGGGACCGCAAGUGGAUGUACAUUGUCACCCACUUUGUUCCCAAGGGCACUGCUCGUCCUAGCGAGUGGCUCGAUCCCAAAUGCGCCAAGAUGCGCACGCGCAAGGCCGGCCAGCCCGCUCCGGACUUUGAGAAGAAGAUUUACGCUACGGCUGUCAGCAAGUAUGUCUUCAAGAUUGGCCGCUUGACUGUGUCUCCUGCCACCAUUCUUGAGAACUGCAACCUGCUGCCCGAGAGACCGGGUGGCUGGCUCAGCGGCGAGAACCAGAUUGGCGACGAGAGUGCCGAUGUUAGUGAUGUCGAUCUCUCCGUCGAGGGCGAAUGGGACUGGCGCCGCGUCGAGGCCCAGAGACGCCAGGGCAUGGAAUAUGUGACGGGCUUCAAGACGGUUGACGAAAUGCACACCCUCUUUGAUGGUGGCAAGGAUGGUGCUCUGGCCUACUGCGGCCCUGGCUAAAUGGCCCAUCUUCAGAGUGAAGGGCGACGACGACGCAGAUAGAUUGUACGAUGUAACAAGUGUGGGAAAUUUAUUAGACAAGACAAGCAAAAGGGUAUUUUGUAUCAACUAGAAACAACGGCGCUCUCAUAGGCAUCCGCUCCCUAAUAAUAGACAAUAAAAAAAGAGAUCAACGCCAAAACGUCCGAGGUCGUGGUAGAUAAUGUUACAAGGCCGAAACUGCCAGCGCCACAGCACCAGCUACCAGCACCCAUCCUCCAGCAUAUACGCGAGAGCCAGCACUUGUCUUCUUUUUUGAAGCAGCAGCCUCGGCCGCGAGAAUCUCGCUCAUAGGCGGCAGCGAGCCGUUGUGUGUCUUAUUGUAAAAGUCGACACAAAGCGUGAGCACUGUCGAUCCAACCU